AUGACGCUGUUGUUUUCUCUGCCUCCCGUAGACAACGAGGUUGCCGUGGAGGUCAUUUUUGGCAAAGGCGAUGGCACAAACGCGUCACGACUGCCGCCCCUGUUUGCGCACGGCGGUGUUAGCCGCUACGCGCCGGAAUUCACCCUGGACUCAAUACAAGCGGCGCGCGAAGCAAAGGCGGCAGGCAUCGAACUGGACCUGUCCUUCACGCGAGACAACGUCGGGGUGCUCUUCUACGACGACAACCUCGAGAGGACGACGAGCAGCGAGGGAUUCCUGGCAAACACGUCUUUCGCUGACCUGCGACAAGUGGAUGCCACAAGCAAUGAUCCGCUUUCCAAGAAAUGCCGUGACUGCACUCGCGUUCCGACACUCCAAGAAGGUAUCCAUGAGUGCCUUCACCAAGGACUGCGGUUCAUCAUCCACGUCAAAAGGUACGAUGACCGCGCCGUGGCGCUGCUCGGCGUGCUAUUCAGCCAGUGGCCUGAACUGUACCGCCUAGGGCUAGUGUCCUCACCCAACGCAGACUUCAUUUACGCCCUGCGGCUUAAAUACCCCGACAUCGUUACGGCGCUAACCUGGCGACCCGGGCUGCUUGCGUACGAAGACCCGGAAAGGCGACGUCCUCGCUACGAAAUGCCCAAUAAGGCAUUACAAGGCGGUCAUCGCUGA